AUGCGUCUUGUUAUCAUUUGCCAUUGUUGUAUAUGUACCUGUUUAUCCGGUGAUUCAUUUUUUGGUUUUUUCAUGGCAAUAUGUUGUGGGGGCAAAAAGCAAAAAGUAUCUCAUUCAAUAAUAAAUUCUAUUGAAAACCGUCGUUCUUCUGAGAAACAUCAUGGAAACAGCGAUCACCAUCAAAAUCUAAAAGCAACUUCAACUCGUCAUCGCUCACAUUCGUAUUUUAAACAAACAAAUCACUUACCCAUGCCUCACGAUCUCUCACGUACAUCGACAAAUUCAGCAUCUUCAUCUGCUCUUAACUACUUAUUGGAAAAUGCGUCAAAUUCCUACACAAACAAUACUAACCGUUUCUUUCAUAAAAAUGCCAAUCAUUGCGAGAAAAUGGACGUGAACGACGAUGAUGAAGAUGAUUAUAAUGAUCGAAAACAACAAGAAAAAGCGAAAUCAACAUUUGAUCACUCACUUCGAUCGCAACAUUCAAUCGUUCAUGCAGAUAUGGUCUUCUAUUGUUUCGAAAUCUUAGGCAAUUAUCUAUUCAAUGGGAAACAUCAUUUGGGUAAAAACUAUUCAUCAACAAAUGAACAGUUAAUCCCAUCACGAAUCCUUCCACUUACAUUACCUGCUGAUCCAUAUCCAUUGUUUGUUACCUGGUUGAUUGGAUCCGAAAAGAAAUUACGUGGAUGUAUUGGUACAUUCACUCCAAUGAAUCUUGCCCAAGGUACAUUGAUUUUCAUGUAUGUUUUGAGUGUUUAUGCUUGGUUUAUAGGUCUGAAAGAGUAUGCAUUAACAUCAGCGACGAACGAUAGCCGUUUUUCACCGAUAUCGCGUGACGAGUAUCCGCUAUUGUCAUGUGCCGUGUCGAUCUUGACACACUUUGAACCGUGCUCAUCGUAUUACGAUUGGGAAAUUGGUCUUCAUGGAAUACGGAUAGAAUUUUUCAAUGAACGUGGUGCCAAACGUUCAGCAACCUAUUUACCUGAAGUUGCACAUGAGCAACGCUGGAAUCACAUUCAAACGCUGGAUUCGUUAUUACGUAAAGGCGGUUUUAAAGCUUCGAUCACAUCAGAAAUGAGAAAAAGUGUUCAGGUGACACGAUAUCAAAGUGAAAAAUUGAUCUUACAUUAUAACGAUUACGUACAAUUCAAGAAGAACGCAUCAACAACAACAACCACAUUUUCGUGUACGGCUACAACAGUACGGCAACGUUUUUAA